GAUAACAGUUGAGAAAGGCGUUGCCGAUCACCCACCAAAAAAAGAUGAACGGCAGAGAGUUUUGGGACACAUGGUCAUCCAAAUGAGAAAGGUCUGAGUUUAAACAUUAACCAACACCAUGGGGCAAAGGUGUGUCUUUAUCUGAUGGAUGUCUUCUAUAAAGACUGGUAACAUCUUGAAGUGACUGUCAGCUGGAGUCAGUAGUAAGCAAGGAUUGUACUGAAGAAAACAAAACAAAGACAAUGCUUAACUUUGUUGGACUGAGCCUUGUGGCGUUGCUUUCGAUGAUUGGAGCAGCCACCGUUGAAAGCAGAGCUGACUGUGACUACUACAAAUACCACCCCAUGUCAGAGAUCAGUAAAUGGAUGGUUCAGAUGGAGAAGGAAAACCCUGAUCUUGUGACCAUCAUGGACUAUGGAAAAACCUAUGAGAAGAAGACUAUUAGCUUGCUCAAGAUCGGGGUCAAAAGUGGAGAGAGGAAGAAAGCUGUCUGGAUGGACUGUGGUAUUCACGCCAGGGAAUGGAUCGCCCCAGCCUUCUGUCAGUACUUUGUCAGACAGAUAUUGGACGCAUACAAAACAGACCCCAAAAUGGAAGAGAUGAUGAAGAACAUGGACUUCUACGUCACCCCUGUGCUGAACAUAGACGGCUACACCUUCUCCUGGACGAACGACUCUACUCGACUGUGGAGGAAGAACAGGUCACCAGGACCAAAAGGCUGCGACUGUUAUGGAACUGAUCUCAACCGCAACUUUGACGCCUACUGGGGGACAAUUGGUGUGUCGUUCGACUGCUGCCAACAGACCUACUGUGGCACCGGACCCACAUCAGAGCCAGAGGCCCAGGCUGUUACAUAUUUUGUAGGAACCCGGAAGGAAGACUUCCUGUGUUUCCUCACCAUCCACUCCUACGGCCAGCUGCUCCUGCUUCCCUACGGAAACCCCAACUACACCGCCCCCAACUACAAAGAGCUGAUGGAGGUGGGUUUGGCUGCAGCUGACGCCAUACGGAAGGUCCACGGAAAGAACUACACUGUUGGAACCUCACCGGACGUAUUGUACCCAAAUGCUGGUUCAUCCAGAGACUGGUCUCGCAAGCAGGGCAUCCCCUUCACCUACACCUUUGAGCUAAGAGACAACGGAACAUACGGAUUCAAACUCCCAGAGGAUCAAAUCAAGCCGACCUGCGAGGAAGCCUACAGCGGAGCCCUGCACAUCAUCACCUACGCCCACGACAAGACUUUUAGUGGCGCCAUCGCAACCGCUGCUGCAACCCUGUGGAUGUUAGUGCUGGCUGUGGGGGUCACCGGCACCAAUCAGAUGUAAAGUGCAGAACAUUUGAGGGUGGAGACCAAAACUUGACUCAGAGUAGGUUUCAGGAACAGUUCCAGUUUUUUAAGAUGUGUUUACAAUGUGUUUUAUUGUCAUUUGAGGUGGAUUUUUUGUGUACAUGAAUUAUGAUCCAUAUUAUUAUUGUGUAUUUGUGAAUGAAAAUAAUGUAUGUUUGGUUCAAAGCUGUUGUAAAGAGUGUUUUAUGAUCUGAAAUGUGUUUUCCUGUACUUGAUACAAUGUUCUUUUUUAUCACAAAAUAUUAAAGGCAUAUACC